UCUCUAUAUAUAUAUAUAUAUAUAUAUAUAUAUAUAUUUGCCGUAUAGUGCGCUCUGUGCUCUGCAGCUCUUCGAAAUUGAGGUUAUGAAAUACGCUUUUACGUUCCGAAAUGAAAGUUAAACUAUAGUUAUGUAAAUAUUGCUUGUUGAUUAUCGAAACUUUGUAUUUAAAUUUAAAGAACAAAAUGUUGUCGUUUCGCGUAAUUCCUAGAAAUAUAUCUCAUUACUUAAAGCAAUCAACACAACAAUUGCACACUUCCAUUAAAGUAUUAGCAGCUAAGGACCCACAGGAUUCAUCUUCAUCAUCAUCGUCAUCAGACUCAUCAGACUCCGAUUCAGAUAAGGAGGAUAAUAAAGCAAAGAAACCAUUAAGCUCUCAAGUAAAAACUGAAAAUGAUGAUAUACCAAAAAUCUCAGACACUAAUGAAAGGCUUAAUGCGUUAUUACAGAAGAUAGCUCAAGCAUCACAAAAAACUAAAGAAGCACCAAAAUCUGUACCUGAAGGAAAUAAAACUGAUAAUGCUUUUAAAACUAUGAAAGUUGCAAUCAAACCAAGACAAGAACGAUUCAAAAAGACUAAAAAAGAACCUGUCAUAGAGAAACCUUAUGAUGAACAACUGAAAAGUGCAGCAAAAGAAGUAGCUGAGUCAUUAAAAGGAGAUUCUUCAACAACAGAGUUAGAGCUUUUGAGUCAAGUAUUAAAUCUUGAAAAACCAGCUUUAGAAAAAGAUGAUUCUAGUAAGGAAGAGACAGCUACUCCAGCUCCUGUAGAACUCACGAGUUUACUAUCCAAUAUGAAAAUAGAUCAAUCCCCAGUAGGACAUAUACUGGAAGAUAAACGUAGAGCAAGAGCUAGUCAAAUGUUUACAGCUCGAUCUAAAGAACCGUCACUAUCUGAAUCCAUACUGUAUUCAAAAUCGAUGAAGAAACAUCAAAGAUUUGCUAGGCCAAUUGGCGCAGAGCUUAAUGUUUCACACAAUGAUCUGGGUAUUUUCAAGAACUUGUCUCCAGAUCAAGCAAAAGAUGUUCCUCAGCUGACAACAUGGGAAGCAAUGGAAGCACGAGAAAUAAAGUUAGCUACACUAUCUUCUCCUCAAAAUGUCUUCCAAGAACUCAUACAAUGGACUGAGCAAGGAAAAAUAUGGCGUUUUCCUAUAAACAAUGAGCAAGGAAUGGAAGAAGAAGAGAAAGUUCAUUUUUCAGAACAUGUAUUUAUGGAACGACACUUGAAAGGUUGGUGUCCAAAGAGAGGUCCAAUCAGGCACUUUAUGGAAUUAGUAUGUGUAGGAUUAUCCAAAAAUCCUUACAUGACUGUGGAAGAAAAAGUUGGACACAUAACGUGGUAUAAAGAUUAUUUCGAAAGUAAGCAGGAAUUGCUGAGUGAUCUUGGAGUACUUGAUGACAAAACCAAAGUGACAUCUCAAGAUCAAAAGCAAAUUCAGGCCUAGAUUUGCAAAUUUUAUACUAUGUAACAAUGUACAUUAGAAAUCCAAUUUUUGUUAAAUAAAUAAUUACAGUUAAAUGCCA